AUGGGCCGGCGUGCCAAGGGCUGGUAUCCUAACCAGUUCAACGAUCGCCGUGAACAACAAGAACGGCGCCCGAUUGCUGCCGCUCCGAGCAGCAUGGACCUUGCAGACGAGUAUCCCACGUCGGCAACUGCACCGCCGUCGAGCUCAACCAACCUGGGCAUGUCGACUUCACUACCCAUCCGUUCCCGGGGUGCAACACCAGGCCCUUCGAGAGUUUCCAGGGCCAGGCGCAACAGGUCCAGAGCCAAUAGGACCAGGUCCAACGAGAAUCUUUGCAUGCGCAUCCUUGGGCCAGAUCAGACUGAGGCGGUUGCGCGAGUCCUUCUAGUCGACCACAUGAAGUACAUAGGAAUCAGUGAAGAGUUUGUCACUCGCCACGGCAUAUUCUCCAUUGAGCUCCGCGAGGAUAAGAAAAAGUACUUUGCUGAAGGGCCAGACUCAACGGGCAUACUGCAUGCGGAAUCUUCUGCCGAUAUCACGAUCCUCCAUCACAGUAGGGAUGGGAGCAAGACCACUCUCAAGCGCGCUCUUGUCUUCAGGCCGGAGACUUUGGGACAGCCCAGCCACGAUGUCAGGGUCCCCAGGAGGAUGAGACACCUCUGCGAGCCUAUGAUCGAGGAUGUCUUUGGACUUGAAGUCGCAACCCUCAGCGACCCAGGAGACUUCAGCUCUCUUUUGGGACCUCAACAGCAUCCCUGUGUAUCAGGGGGCGACGCUUGUCGUUCAUGCUUCGACCAUGCAAUGCUAGCCUCGAGCAUUGACUUACCCUAUCCACCAGGACAACACAGCCUACCUCAUGGUGGAUAUAGUCCAACACCAGCCACCUCCGACUCGUCUCUGACUAUGUCAUCCUAUCAACCGCCGCCUGGCGCUGGCGACGGCCGAUGGGACUAUGAGAUGCAGCCGACAAGCCAGCAGCCCUGGGACAAUAGCCAAGGGAACUAUGGGAUGCAGUCGACGAACCAAUGGCCAUAUGACGAUGGUCAAGGGAACGAUGGGACGCAGUCAUCAAGCCAAUGGUUCUGGGGUCCCUCUUCCAACAUGUGA